CUUAAAAUCGCGUCUUAGAUGAUGUCGGUCUUUGGCCCUCGGCCGAGAAAAAUAUCUUAGAAAUGGUGCGAAAUUCAAAACGAGGAAUGCAAACACAGAAUAUUUUCAGCAUCUCCGCAUUUUUGUGAAGCGUCACUUUUCUCCUCCAUCACCAUUCACCACGUAUUUAUUUUCAUUUCACAAUUAAUUAUUAUUCCAUCUCCAUAAAUGCCAAAACGAAUUUGCUCAAUUGCAGAUUUCUGUUGCAUCAUUAAUUAGCGCCUCCCACUACUUCGAUUCCUAACUUUUUCCGCUCGUAAUUUCUCGUGGCAUCCGCCGUGAAGACAAAACAAGAGCUCUUGAUUCGUUCAACCCAAGCCAUACACACUGAAUCUUGUCAUGUAUAUUUGUUAGCGUGCACGUUUGCUCGCACAAUCUCUCUUCCUUGCAAUUUAGAAUGGGUAAGAAUGAAGGAAAUCGUGGUGCGGUGAAAUCGUGCGGUGGAUCGGAUGAGAAUUUGAUAUCGCGUUCUUCGUCGGGAGACGGGAAAGGAAAGAGAUUGUGGAAGAAGGUGAAAUACCAGCUGGUGGAGUACCACGCGCUGCCCGGAUAUUUGAAGGAUAAUGAGUAUAUCCUUGGUCAUUACAGGGCUGAAUGGCCUUUGAAGCAGGCCCUGCUCAGCGUUUUCUCCAUUCACAAUGAGACCCUCAACGUUUGGACGCAUUUGAUUGGCUUCUUCCUUUUCCUCUCUCUAACCAUUUACACUGCUAUGAAGGUUCCAAAUGUUGUGGAUCUGAACUUGCCGAGUGCGCUUAGAAAUGCUGAUUUUCAGAAAUUGCAUGCAGAACUUAUUACUUGCCUCCCAUCCUUGCCACAUAUGCCCGAUCUUCAACGAUUUCGAGAGGAGUUGAAAACUUCAUUGCCUUCAAUGAACUUGUCACCAUACUUGUCUAAUUGGCACAUUAUGGAACUCCUCUCUAACUGUUUACCAGAGAAUCUGACUCACAGCAACCACACUGAUACUUGUGUUCUGCAUAGUAUGAAAGAGGAUGUGGCGAACAUAAUAGCUCCUUUGCUGGUGAGGCCAAUCACACGUUGGCCGUUCUUUGCUUUCUUGGGUGGGGCUAUGUUCUGCUUGUUAGCCAGCAGCACAUGCCACUUGCUCUCCUGCCACUCCGAACGCGUAGCUUACAUCAUGCUUCGGCUCGACUAUGCUGGGAUCGCCGCCCUUAUCUCAACAUCCUUCUACCCGCCCGUUUACUACUCCUUCAUGUGCUAUCCUUUCUUCUGCAAUCUCUACAUGGGGUUCAUUACUGUACUAGGAAUCGGUACAAUCUUGGCAUCCCUUCUCCCAGUGUUCCAGAGCCCCGAGUACCGUACCUUCCGAGCAUCCCUCUUCUUCGGGAUGGGUUUCUCCGGUGCAGCUCCCAUCUUACACAAGCUUAUCUUGUUCUGGCACCAGCCAGAGGCGCUCCACACAACAGGAUACGAAGUUUUGAUGGGGCUAUUUUAUGGCAUAGGAGCACUGGUGUAUGCAAUGAGAAUCCCAGAGAGAUGGAUGCCCGGGAAAUUCGACAUUGCCGGCCACAGUCACCAACUCUUCCAUGUUCUUGUUGUAGCCGGAGCGUUUACACAUUAUCGCGCCGGACUCGUGUAUCUCAGGUGGAGAGACCUGCAAGGAUGCUGAGGAAAGCUCCAAUUGUUAAGAGUAAGUUUAGGUGGUACAUAUCUCCAUUCAGUGGUAAAGCUGCCAUCUUUGUGAUGUUAUGCAGAAAAUAAUUGAAUCAAAUGCUUCAAGAAAAAAAGGCAUUACUAGUGAGGUGUUGAAUGGAUUCUUGUUUUAGCCAAGUCAGUGUAAUAUGUUUACAAUAUAAGAAUUCUUGUGCAUAUAUAUUCAGUGGUAAAGCUGCCAUCUUUGUGAUAUGCUGAAAAUAAUUGGAUCAAAUGCUUCAAGAAAAAAAAAAGUAUUACUAGUGCGGUGUUGAAUGGAUUCUUGUUAAUGUUUUUUUAGCCAAGUAUAAUAUGUUUACAAUCUAAGCAUUCUUGUGCAUAUAUAUAAAUUGCUGGGCUUCCUUC